GUCGCGGAGAGGCUAAUGGGGGUGGCCGUUGCACGCGACGAAACAAACGGGACCAGGCCAACGUUACUGGGCUUCCGACCGACUCCAGAGGCCCUAUCCCACAAAUGCAAUGCAGCCCAGGAGUGGAGAAGGAGGAAAGCGUGGCACCCGACCCGAUUCCGGGUAGGAAGGUACGGCGAGGUAAGCGAAGAAGCAUCCAGACUCUCGCUCGAGGGGCAGGGGCGCAGGGCAGGGCCGGGGCGGGGCGGGGCGGGCGGCGAUCCGAAUCCGAAUCCAAUCGCCGGGAGGGAGGAAGCCACCGGCGGCGGUAGAGGCGGAGGGAUGACGCGCGGGAAGCAGAAGAUCGACGCACAGCGGCGUAACGCGGAGCGGAACCAGAAAUCCAAGGGGUCCCAGCUCGAGGCCCGCGCCGUCGGCCUCAAGGUCGUCUGCCCCAUCUGCAAGGUACAAUUGGCAAAUGAAAAACAGCUGAUCGAUCACUACGGAUCAAAGCAUCCAAAGGAGAAACCUCCAAGCACAUCGACCACGGAAUAACCAUGACUGGUGGUGAUGCAGGAACAUAGAUCCUGCUUGGCUGGUUUGAGGAUCUUUAAGUCUGAUCCAUGGCCUGGAGUUGGAUCUUAACGUCGGCUAUACUCUAUAGUGUGUCUUAUUUCCUCUUGUUUCAGGCAACACCCUUGAUACGAGUGUGCAUUUCUGCUAGUAUGUUCUGUUAUCGUACUGCCGAUGUAUCUCCAAACUGUAUGUGAUCGCCCGUGGCAUUGGGAUGAUGCGAAAAAAAAAUUAUGAUCAUGAACUAUGUUCAAAUGUUUGUGGCUUUUUA